CGAACCAACAUUUCUGGUUCUGAUCCGCCCGCCCUAUAAAUUCGCUUGCGGACCUUUAUUUGACGAAGAACCCCAUCAUCGCCUGCUCAUUCUCCGGCCAGUCAGCUGCUUCGUCGCCGGUCGGUUUUGAUCAUCGCGCUCACUUAACAGGACAAAGAGAUUACAAGAAGCUUGAGGAGAAGAAACAACAAACAUGGCAGCAGUGGUAUCAGGAGGAAGGUCAACACUAAACCCGGAUGCUCCUUUGUUCAUCCCAGCUUCUUACAGGCAAGUGGAGGACUUCUCCCCGGAAUGGUGGCAGCUGGUGACGACCACAACAUGGUUCAAGGACUACUGGCUCAGCCAGCACCAGGAACAGGAAGGCUACUUCAACAAUGUUGCUGAGGAGGACUAUGACGUGGCCGGCUUGCUGCCCGAUACGUUCGAUCUCGAUGUGGUCGGGGAAGAUUUCUCUUCCUUCGAAGCUCAGUUCGACGAGUUUGUGGAGUCGUAUGAGACGGAGAAGAGAUCGCCUCGAGCUCUACCCUCCUAUGGAAAUGGUGGUAUGGAAUUGGAGGUGGAGCGUCAAGGAUUGAUGUAGGCUUCAGGGCAGGGAUCACUGCAGCCGUGGGGAGCUCGAAAUUCGGCUAUUAGAAGGUGAUGAAUGUUGAUGAAAUGAAGUCUUUGUUCGAGUCCCCAAACCACCAGUUUCAGCAGCAAUGUCAGUCAGUAGAAGGAGAGGACUAUUUAGUUUGGUGUAGCUUUUUAAACUUUCUGGGUUUGGGUUUAAACUUUAAACGUGGUGUAUUCUGUAUAGAGUAAAGAGGCAUUGCAGCAGCAAGUCUCUUUGUUGUAUCAGUACUGGUCCCUUUCUGUUGUUGUCUUUGGUUCCCUUUGACCAAAAGGAAACUCUAACGAGCCAAAACAAGUAAUAGGAAGGGAAAAAAUGUAAAUUUUCUUUAGCAAUGGGAAACGUAAAGUUAUUUCCACCCUUAACGGGAAAGCAGCUUAGAAUGUCAUCUUUGAGUCUCCUUUUCUCCACCUUGUUCAAGAAGGGCAUUUCAUCGCAUUGGUUUCCUCCUGUGAUCUCAAUGGCUUGAGGUCCAGUGAUACAGCCAUGAAAGAUGUGCAUUGUUGCAGGAAGAACACACCAUGACGGAUCCAUGAUCUACUUGAAGAAGUCCAUGUUGACGCUCUCCCAAGCUCGAUGUAUUUUGUACCUCGUCCAACACCAUUGCAUCUCGAAAGUCACUACGCAAUCUUCAAAAGUUGAGCUGUGUUGGUUUCGCCAAGUCUCGGACAGACUUACCUACCUCCUCUCCCUAUGAAAUGGCAUUUCAUUCGAGAAUGAGUGCAUAUCAUUCAUUGUUGUUCCAUCCAUUCAAUCAAUCAAAUCAAUUGAUGGGUUCACGACUUUUGCUUUCAUUAGUUACUUUGGCACUCUCUUAUGUCUUUUUGCCGCCACCAACGGUAGCGACCGGCACAUGGGGCAGGCAACAGCAGCUUACAGCUAUGCUUUCGUUUCCUUUUGUGUCAGCAGUGGGAGGAAAUGAAGGAAGGAAUAAACUGAAUUCAGCGUUGGUUGGCACGGCCCAUUGGAUGCCGGUCGACGGUCGUAGGAUCCUAUGAUCAUUAAAAUACAAAACCCCACAGGGAACGGCCCAGCUCAUCGACGACUCCGCAAACAGAAACAAAGAGGAAAGUGCUGGCCACUCUCAAUGAUAGAUACAUGAUACAUUACAUCUGCUGUCUACUACAUAAGUUAUGCAUUUUCUUAUUCUAACAGAAGUUGGAUCAACCAAUGGAAGCCAUUUGACCAUCAACCUGAUUGGAAGUCAUUGCCUAGAGUGGUUUUCCCUCCCAACAUCCUUUUCUCUUCCUUUAUCCUUCUCUCUGUAUCUUUCCUGACAAAUGCAAUUGUCUCUGUGAAAGGAACUCGCCGAGGAAUCUCGGCUGUCUAAGGACAUUUCGGAGACGAACUCCUCUUUGACAAAUGGCAAUGCAGCAAGUUUUUAACUUGUCAGUAUCAAGAAGAUCAGCUGCUUGAACAGGGAGGUCUAAGAAGCCAUCUCAUGAACAAGUUCCAAGCUCUGCUCUUCUUCGAGUUGUUUCCUCUUCUUGGCUUCAACCCUCGUCUGGUUACCAACGGCAUCUGAUAUAGCCUUUGGUAGCCAAAACCCAGGCCUCUCCAGGAAAGGCGCUCGGUCUAGAACCAAUGGCUCUCUCAGUGUGAUCUCGACCUCGUCGUACGUUCUCAGGCUCACUCGCUCGUUCUUUGCCCACUGGUGGCUGCAAACCAAAAGUCCACAUCAAUUAUAUCACUCGAGUUACAUAGUCGAAUGAUAUUCAUGGACAUCGAAGCAAAUGGAUAAAAGGUACAUGCAUAACUGGAAUAGCUGCAAGGAUUGAAGAACGUACCUGCAACCGAACACCAACAUGGUUACUGUAGAACUCAUCUGCACUUUCCAACUUUCCCAUGUGAAGAGACAUGUUUGGUGAUGCCCAAACUGUGAUAUAGAUUGUGUCUACAGAAGCAUGGUUAAGGUCCAGUCUCACCAGGCCUCCCAUAUGAAUCGCAUUCCCAGCCUGUGAAGUUCAGUAAUCAAUAUUGUCAAGAACACAUAUUACAUUGUUAUGUUUAUGCGCCAGAAAUGGGUCUUACUAAAGGUAACAUGUAAGAUGAGAACUUCAAACACAAAGUGAUAUUUAUGAAUGUUGAUC